AUGGAGGUACUUGGACUAUUGCUAGCAUUCAAGCUCGCCGAACUGCCGGUGCAUGGCAUAAAGUCUGAAGCGAUUACGCGAAAAACGCAUCAGAUCCAGAAAGAGAGAAUGCUUACCAGCAGUGCUCUGCUAGCUCUUGUAGCCCUUUGGACAGUAUGCUUCGCGAGGCCUGGUCGUGAGCACAAUCGAUCUCCUUUCGCAAAGGCUCUCGAAGCUCGUCAGUCGGACGGUUCCGGAGGCUCGCCACUGCAGAUUGAUCUGGGAUAUGGAAUCUUUGAAGGCUAUCUCAACAGCACUAGUAAUCUGAACACCUGGAGAGGCAUACGGUUCGCAGCACCCCCUAUAGGCUCUAAUCGCUGGCAAACACCGCAAGCUCCCGAACAAAACAGGUCUUCUAUCGUCAACGCGAGCUCAUAUGCGCCAACGUGCCCCCAAGCACCAAACGCCAAGUUGACUAUCCAGGCCGCCAACCAAUCACUAGCAGAUGAAGAUUGUCUUUUUCUGAACGUGCAAGUGCCAGCGAAUGCUACUGGUCCCUUGCCUGUCCUGGUUUGGAUUCAUGGCGGCGGCUAUGGUGCGGGUAACGGCCGUCAAGAUUUUGCAGCGAUCAUCAACGCCAACAACAACAGCUUCAUUGGUGUUUCGAUCCAAUACCGACUCGGCGCAUUUGGGUUCCUCGCUUCGGACGAAGUUUACCGCAAUGGUGUGGUCAAUGCCGGGCUGCUCGAUCAGCAUUUUGCGCUUCAAUGGGUGCAGUCCUAUAUUUCACUCUUCGGUGGAAACGCAUCGCAAGUGACGAUAAGCGGUGAGAGCGCUGGAGGCGGGUCUGUUAUGCUUCUAGACAUGGCAUAUGGAGGAACUCUCGGUGACUCGCUGUUCGUCAACAGCAUUGCGGCAUCCCCAUACCUUCCUAUGCAGUACGGCUACAAGGAUUGGAUUCCGUCGCAAUCCUAUUAUGCCUUCGCGACAGAGGCUGGGUGUCCUCCUGGUCUGCCCUAUGGCGCCCAUCCGCAGACUAUCUUCGAGUGUCUCGUUGAAAAAGAUACUGACACUUUGAUCAGCGCAAGUGAUACUAUUUCGCAAUCAGGCACGUUCGGCACCUGGGCAUUUCUGCCAGUGACUGAUGGCACCUACGUACAAGACUUACCAAGUCGACAGUUUCUUCAAAAACAAGUCAACGGUCGGAACCUUCUGGUGGGGAACAAUGCAAAUGAAGGCCCAGGAUUUACGCCUCAGAAUAUUACCACUGAAGAUGAUCUCGUUGCGUGGCUUGGAGUGACUUUCCCACUAUUCACUAACGAUGACAUCGCAAAAGUGUUGCUUUACUACCCCAGCUCGAACGACUCGACAGAUCAAAAUGCAACGCUAUUUGCCACGGAAGGUGAUGUUGGUGUUACUGCACUGAACCAGAGCAGUGUGGGAUCUGGACAACAGCAGAGAGCGAAUAACAUUUAUGCAGAAACGACAUUCGUUUGCCCAUCAUACUGGAUGGCCGGUGCAUAUAACGAUUAUGGACGAGCAGCAUACAAGUAUCAGUACUCCGUGGCUCCUGCGACCCACGCAUUGGAUGUUGCGGCUUACUUCGGUCCAUCCCCUCCGAAUGUUGGUCCAGAUAUGGCAUUAGCCUUCAAACAGAUCUGGGGUAACUUCAUUACGACGAACAAUCCUAGUAUUUUCAAUGGAGUCGCUAACGGCGCAUCAUCCAACUCUACAUCCACCAACGACGCAACGGACUGGACUCCAUUCUCGGCUUAUGAGCCAUUACAGCUGAAUCUGAACCAGACUGGAGGGUCGCCCAUUCAAUUUCCAAUAUCCAUAGGCCGCAACCUAACAAUAAAUGGCAAUCCGGGACUUCAGAACGAUAUCUCGCUCGUGAAUGCUUGGACAUGGGAAGGCGGAAGAGGCUAUCGCUGCGAGUUCUGGCGUAGUGUUGGGGCUAUCGUGCCUGAGUAG